GACCCUUUCGGUUCUCCGUACAGCAGGAGUGGUUCCGUAGUUCGACACCGCCUCACCCGGUGAACGACGGCGGCGGCGGCUAACGAUAAGGAUUUGUAAUUCCGAAAAGACAUAUUUAUUUGUCUCGUCGAUUAGCCAAACUGUACCGCCAUGGCUCUAUACGAAUAUGUCACUCAGGAGCAGCUCGCCGGCUUCGACAAAUAUAAGUACAGUGCCGUGGACACGAAUCCGCUGUCCGUCUACGUCAUGCACCCCUUUUGGAACUCUGUGGUGAAGUUUCUACCGACAUGGUUGGCUCCAAACCUCAUCACAUUCACCGGCUUCAUGUUUCUCGUGUUGAACUUCGUCAUGUUGGCCUUCUACGACUUUAACUUCACUGCUUCUUCUGCAGGACACGAGCACGUGCCUAGCUGGGUCUGGGUUGCUGCUGGGAUCUUCAACUUCUUGGCGUACACGCUCGACGGCGUUGACGGUAAACAGGCUCGCCGCACAAACUCCUCCACGCCUUUGGGAGAACUGUUCGACCACGGUCUGGACAGCUGGGCGUGCAUCUUCUUCGUGGCCACGGUGUACUCCAUAUUUGGGCGCGGGGAGAGCGGCGUGAACGUGGUGACGCUGUACUACAUCCUGUGGGUGGUGCUGUUCUCCUUCAUCCUGUCCCACUGGGAGAAGUACAACACCGGCGUCUUGUUCCUGCCCUGGGGGUACGACAUCAGUCAAGUGACGAUCUCCCUGGUUUUCUUUUUCACCGCUGUGGUCGGCGUGGAAACGUGGUACCGCCCCAUCCUGUGGAACCUCCUGUACAGAGACUUCUUCACCUUCAUGAUCAUCGCUUGUUCGUUCACCGUCACAUUACCCAUGAGCCUCUACAACUUCCUGAAAGCUCACCGGAGCAACACUCUGAAACACAGCAACCUGUACGAAGCCUUCCUGCCCUUCCUGUCUCCGGUGCUCCUCUUUGUGCUGUCCACCAUCUGGGUGGUCUUCUCCCCAUCCAACAUCCUGGAGCUGCAGCCCCGAGUCUUCUACCUCAUGGUGGGCACCGCCUUCGCCAACGUCACCUGUAAGCUAAUUGUGUGUCAGAUGAGUAACACGCGCUGCCAGGCGCUCAGCUGGCUGCUGCUGCCCAUGACGGCGGUGGUGCUGGCCGCCGUCAAAGGCGUCUUCACCAAUGAAACGCUGCUGCUGUAUUUGUGGACGGCUGCCGUCAUCCUGACGCACGUUCACUACGGAGUCUCCGUGGUCCAGCAGCUCAGCAAGCACUUCAACAUCUUUGCCUUCUCCCUCAAGAAGCCCAGCAGUGACUGACAGGAGGAGGAGGAGCGAGUCGGCUUGACGGGAGCAGAGGUCUAAGCUACUUCUCUCCUCAGCAACACUUCACUGGUCACCAUGGAAACCGCAUCCCCCCUCCUCCCUUCCUCCCGAUCAAACAAACUGUGGUCCUCUUUUCAAAUGCAACUGACCAAACCCCUCCGCUGGGGGGCGGGGAGAGCCGGCUUCCGCCUCCGGUGAUUGGCCGUCCAGGCCAACGAAGUGCAAUUGUUUCCUACGGAAAUGUGCUUCCGUCACGAGUGCAGGAGCGGAGAAGAAACAAACGCCCGUGCAUUUACGGUGUACUUUUACCGGAUUUUUAACUGAGUCGACCCCAUCGCGGCACGUCUCGUUGGCGUUGCGAGCUGCUUUCUAUAUUUCGUGGCAGGUAUUUCCGUGAACACACUCGCACAGUAUUAUGAAUGUAGAACAAGCCUUUCCGUUGAAUUAUCCGAACAGGAGCGCUUUCUAGUAUCAGUUGGUUUGUGGGAACUCAGUGUGUUAUAAUUGAAAGUGGUAACGGGUGGGGCUUCUUUUUUUUUUUUUUAAACACUAAUUUUUUUCCAAUUAACUCCACAUGGAUCUGAUCAUUGUAACCGGGGACCUGUACUAACCAUUUACCUCCUCCCCCCUUUGAGGUGUUGUGUUGUCGCGCUGAUUCGUUUCUUUUUGCAUUUUUUAUGGGUGUUUUUACGACUUAUUUUUUUGUUUUUUGGGUGUCUUCUGCUCUCGGGGAUGUCGGCGGAGCGCUUGAAUGAAGAGUGGGUCCCAAAAACCCGUCAGUGGAGCGGACUCACUCUGAAGCAGCAAGCCCUCCGCGGCAGGACGGCGAGGAAAACCCGCCACUUUUUAUACUGUCUUCUGUGGAACUAAGGCAAAUGAUGGGAUUCAAAGAAGAAAAAUAUAACGCAGUACUUGGAUAACAAUAGCUGUAAAUGACGUGAGGUAAAUGAAACAGAAUGAUGGCUAUUGGGAACAUUUUUUACUGCAAAUCAUGUAUUUCUUUGGGUUUAAACCCGUCUAACGAAGAUCUUUAUUUUCUUUCUGAUAUGUGUGAAGGUUUUCUGCACUGCCGGGUCUGUACAGCGCCACCUGUCUGUUCAAAUGUGACUGUUGAAUGUGUGUGUAAAUACAUGUUAUUCACUAUUUAAUUUGUAUUUUUUAACAACAAAUAGGAUCAUGGGACGUGUGAUUUGGGAGCACUUAAAUAUUUCUUUAAACCACUCGAUCGGAUCAACUCAGUAUUUUAUUUUGAAAUAAAGAAACGGAAAUCAUGUCGGUAAGAAAAGACGUGCCAUUCAGUUUUUUUACCGCACGCAGAAAUGCUUUUCUUUGACUGUAGUGUUAGUUUUACUAUCACAUCACUGUAGUUUUUUUCUUUUCUCUUCAAAAUACUUUUUAAAUAAGCGGUCUUAACUGCCCCCCCCUCCUAAGAAUCAGUAACUUGUUUUGUAAUUCUGCACUGGCUAAAAAAAAAAAAAUUAAAAAAGAGUCUGAUGUGGCUGUUUGUGAAAUAUUUAACCAAUCUAAGAACGGUCUGUCCACCAAACAAAUAAAUGUGAAUUUUGUUCAUCUGUA